CAAAAACGUGACGAAAAUACAACAAGGAAGUGGAUAUUUAUUAAAAAGGAAAAUUAGUUAUCUUCAGAUAGGAAACGUUUUGAAUUAUCAAGUUAAUUUUUUGUCGAUUUUUGAUGUUUCGAGAGAUAUAGGACUACAUCUUGGACUAUAGUUCGUCGUAUCGUGGAUCCAUAUUCACUCAAGCAAUGAACACAGACGUUGAAUUCCACAUUAGGCAGAAUUAUCCGUGGAACAAGCUACCAGCAAAUGUCAAACAGAGUGUUGGGAACUCGCAGCGUGAAUAUGAGAAACAUGUGCAGUUGUACAGUAUCCGCAACCAGCUAAGGUUCCGCAAUAACCUAGUGAGACACGUGAGGAAGGAUGAGAGGAAGUACUAUGAGGAGCUGCUGAAGUACAGCCGAGAUCACCUGAUGCUCUACCCCUACCACCUGUCAGACAUCAUGGUCAAAGGCCUCCGCAUCACCCCCUUCUCCUACUAUAUCAGCAUCAUGGAGGACAUCAUGAACGUAGAGAAGAGUUACGACUCGCUGCCCAACUUCACUGCUGCUGACUGUCUAAGACUGCUGGGCAUCGGGAGGAACCAGUAUAUUGACUUGAUGAACCAGUGCAGGUCUUCCAAGAAAUUCUUCCGUAGGAAAACGGCGCGAGAUCUGCUCCCCUCCAAGCCAGUAGAGAUCUCUGUAGAGCCGUGGUGGGUGGCUCAGACCGGAUACAUCACAGAGGAUGACAUCAGGAUCUGUUCGGUGGCAGAGAGGAAGGCGAUCGAUAAGAUGAUAGAUUCAGGACCCCAACUGGCUGGAUCAAUGGAGUACAAUGUGGUGCUGAGUCUGUACAACAGGGGAUACAUCUAUCUAGACGUGCCGAUCUCUGAUGACAGCUGCAUGUCAGUGCCCCCCCUGGAAGGCUUCGUGAUGAACAGGGUCCAGGGAGACUACUUUGAAACCCUUUUGUACAAAAUAUUUGUUUCCAUCGACGAGCAGACAAAUGUGUCCGAGCUGGCUAAUGUUCUGGAGAUUGACUUGGGCCUGGUGAAGAAUGCUGUGUCUAUGUACUGUCGCCUGGGUUUUGCCCUGAAGAAAGGAAGCUCGUUCAGCUCAGAGCAGCUCCACCCCACAUGGAAGACUGCCCCCUCUGUCAACAGACUGAAGAGCACAGUGGAUCCCAAACAGAUGCUGCUGUCGUGGGAACAGGGGAGUCCUGUGAUGGAGGCUGGAUCUUCGGCUACAGACACAGACACCACCAGCCUGGAGGACCAAGAUAACACCAGUGUGAGCAGCCUGAGUAAUCCUGGUCCUGCUGCCCCACCCACCAAGAGGAUCGCCUUCCUGUUUGACUCCACCCUCACCGCUUUCCUCAUGAUGGGGAACCUCUCUCCAAACCUGAAGAGCCAUGCGGUCACCACACUGUCACACGAGACCCUGGACAGCUUUCUGAUGGAGCUGGAUAAGGUAGAGAGCACGGCGGAGGGCGAGGCCCAGAGGUAUUUUGACCACGCUCUGACCCUCAGGAACACCAUCCUGUUUCUCCGCUACAACAAGGAACUAACCACCGACCAGGGCCCAGACCUGCCUAACAACGGCCUCCCCCUGGAUAUGCUCCGCUGUGAGAGUCUGCUGGGUCUAGACCAGGCCACCUGCAGCCGUGUCCUCAACAAGAACUACAAGCUACUGGUCUCCAUGGCACCGCUCAGCAACGAGAUACGACCUAUCAGCAGCUGCACUCCUCAGCACAUUGGGCCAGCCAUCCCCGAGGUGAGCUCCAUCUGGUUCAAGCUCUAUCUGUACCAUGUGACGGGCCAGGGUCCUCCCUCCCUGCUGCUGUCGAAGGGCUCCCGGCUCAGGAAACUACCAGAUAUCUUCCAGGUCUAUGACAGGUUGCUGAUCACUUCCUGGGGUCACGACCCUGGUGUGGUACCUUCAUCGAACGUGCUGACCAUGCUCAAUGACGCCCUCACACACUCCGCUGUACUCAUACAGGGCCAUGGGCUGCAGGGUCAUGGAGAGACAGUUCAUGUCCCCUUCCCAUUUGACCGGGAGGAUCUCAAAGGAGAGUUCUCCUCCUCCAACAUGUGUGUCCACAAGGCCCUGCUGCUGCUGAGGGAGAAGGUGGAUCUGGAGCACCAGUGUGGUUACAUCACCAUGCUCAACCCCAACAACAGGCACCGCAGGAGGGCCAGCGAGAGCUCCGACGGCAGGGGAGACAGUCAUCUGGGAGGUGGGUUGGAGGCCAACAGCAGCACGGAGUCCUUUGAGCUGGUCACAGAGGACAACAAUGGAGGAAAGCAAGCGGCAGAAGUGCCGUUGACAGAAGAUGACUGGGUCCCUCUAGAGCUGUGCUUUGGGAUGCCUCUCUUCAGCUCCGAGCUCAACCGCAAAAUAUGCCGAAAGAUCGCCUCGCACGGCCUCUGUAGCAAAGACAGCCUUCAAGACUUACUUCAUUCCAGCCGAAAACUGUCAUUGAAGGUCCUGAGUUUUGUUCAGUCGUUCCAGGAUGGCAGCCAGGGUCAGCCCGACCCUGACAGUGGAGUGUCCGGUCCUCUCAGCCAGCCCCCGGCCGAGUCUGGUGUUCCGCUGCCCGCUCUCAACCUCAUCUUCAAGGAUGGACAGCUGAGGGAGUGGAGUGGACGAGCACCUCCACCUCUCCACAUCUCAUCCCUGCAGAAAGACCAGACCUUAUAGACCCUCCACAUCUCAUCCCUGCAGAAAGACCAGACCUUAUAGACCCUCCACAUCUCAUCCCUGCAGAAUGACCAGACCUUAUAGACCCUCCACAUCUCAUUCCUGCAGAAAGACCAGACCUUAUAGACCCUCCACAUCUCAUCCCUGCAGAAUGACCAGACCUUAUAGACCCUCCACAUCUCAUUCCUGCAGAAAGACCAGACCUUAUAGACCCUCCACAUCUCAUCCCUGCAGAAUGACCAGACCUUAUAGACCCUCCACAUCUCAUUCCUGCAGAAAGACCAGACCUUAUAGACCCUCCACAUCUCAUUCCUGCAGAAAGACCAGACCUUAUAGACCCUCCACAUCUCAUCCCUGCAGAAAGACCAGACCUUAUAGACCCUCCACAUCUCAUCCCUGCAGAAAGACCAGACCUUAUAGACCCUCCACAUCUCAGCCCUGCAGAAAGACCAAAGUGUUUUGCCACCUUAAGUACGUGUUUCUGAUGGGCUUUCCCUCUUCCUCAUAUUGUCCUAUGAUCAGAACCAACCCCUCCUCUUCCUCAUAUUGUCCUAUGAUCAGAACCAAACAUCCCCUCCUCCUCUUCCUCACAUUGUCCUAUGAUCAGAACCAAACAUCCCCUCCUCCUCUUCCUCAUAUUGUCCUAUGAUCAGAACCAAACAUCCCCUCUUCUUCCUCCUCAUAUUGUCCUAUGAUCAGAACCAACCCAAUCCAACCCCUCCUCCUCUUCCUCAUAUUGUCCUAUGAUCAGAACCAACCCAACCCCUCCUCCUCCUCUUCCUCAUAUUGUCCUAUGAUCAGAACCAACCCAACCCCUCCUCCUCCUCUUCCUCAUAUUGUCCUAUGAUCAGAACCAACCCAAUCCAACCCCUCCUCCUCUUCCUCAUAUUGUCCUAUGAUCAGAACCAACCCAACCCCUCCUCCUCCUCUUCCUCGUAUUGUCCUAUGAUCAGAACCAACCCAACCCCUCCUCCUCCUCUUCCUCGUAUUGUCCUAUGAUCAGAACCAACCCAACCCUGCAUGAUACCACUGCACUAAAUACUUUAAGAAAAUACUUUGUCAUUAACGUGUUGUUGCUUUCAUGAUAAAAUGUGGGGACUUUAAGUCACCGUGAGACUAGUGUGGUGCUCUUCUCUUCUAUAGCCUAUGGAUCCAUCAUACAGCAUGUUGACUCAAAACCCUGUUCCGUUUUCAUCCUAGUUUACUUUCACCCAUGGUGUUAUUGUUGUUGCUCGUGAUGACUCCCGUAGGUGCAGUUGGCUUUAGGUCAUCCUUGGAUCAGAAGAAAGCUUGACCUGAGCUUGUCUUUUUUUUUUAAGAAAAUAAAUACUAUUUGAACCCAGGUCUGCUUGGGUUAUCCAGACAGUACCAAAGCCUGGACCUAAUCCCUCACAGAGAAGAACCAUAUUACAAUCUAAUCUAUCUAUGAUACUGUUUAUUCAUAGUGGGAGUUUUUCCCUGUCAGAAUCUGUAAUGCCACUUCGGGAAUAGGAGUACAGUAUUACACUCAGUAUUACACUCAGCAGUACCCUCAGUAGUACACUCAGUAGUACACUCA